GUAGUAUUCUGAAAGAAAACAAACAUGGCAGUCGAAAUCGAGUCGGCAGACGUUGUUCGUCUCAUUGAGCAGUAUCUGAAAGAAAACAACUUGAUGAAGACUUUAACAGUGCUGCAGGAGGAGGCUGGUAUCUCGUUAAACACGGUCGACUCUGUGGAUGGGUUUAUAUCGGACAUUACGAGCGGUCACUGGGACACCGUUCUGCAGGCCAUACAAUCUCUCAAACUCCCUGACCAAAAACUUAUAGACCUCUAUGAACAGAUUGUGUUGGAGCUGAUAGAAUUGCGAGAGUUGGCAGCUGCGAGGUCGCUGUUACGACAGACUGAUCCAAUGAUCAUGUUGAAGCACAACCAGGCAGACAGAUACAUUCAUCUUGAAAACAUGCUGGCCCGGUCAUACUUCGACCCUAGGGAGGCCUACCCUGAGGGCCAGACAAAGGAAAAGAGGCGUACAGCGAUCGCGCAGGCUUUGUCGGGGGAAGUAAAUGUGGUUCCUCCGUCACGUCUACUGGCUUUGCUGGGACAGGCACUGAAAUGGCAGCAACAUCAGGGGCUGCUACCUCCAGGUACCACCAUUGAUGUGUUCCGAGGUAAGGCUGCUGUGAAAGAACAGGAAGAAGAGAAAUACCCCACACAGCUCAACAAAACUAUCAAGUUUGGUCAGAAAGCCCACAUUGAGUGUGCAAGGUUCUCCCCGGAUGGACAGUACCUCGUCACAGGGAGUGUCGACGGGCUGGUGGAGGUGUGGAACUUCACCACGGGAAAAAUCAGAAAAGAUCUCCGCUACCAAUCACAGGACAACUUUAUGAUGAUGGACGAGGCUGUCCUGUGUAUGUGCUUCAGUCGUGACUCGGAAAUGCUGGCUACAGGUGACCAGGGAGGGAAAAUAAAGGUGUGGAAGAUCCUGACAGGUCAGUGUCUGCGGAAGUUUGACCGCGCCCACAGUAAGGGGAUCACAUGUGUUAACUUCUCCAAGGACAACAGUCAGCUUCUUAGCUCCUCAUUUGACCAGGCUAUCAGAGUACAUGGUCUAAAGUCCGGGAAGACAUUGAAGGAGUUUAUAGGCCAUACAUCGUUCGUGAAUGAUUCCGUGUACACACAAGACGGGCAUCAUAUCAUCAGUGCAAGUUCAGAUGGCACAAUCAAAGUUUGGAACUUUAAAAGCCAAGAAUGCCAGUCCACAUUUAAGUCCUUCGGCGGUCAGUCAGGUGCGGACAUCACUGUGAACAGUAUCCACCCAUUGCCAAGAAACGCGGAACAGUUUGUGGUGUGUAACCGUAGUAACACAGUCGUCAUCAUCAACAUGCAGGGACAGAUUGUGCGUUCAUUCUCGAGCGGAAAGCGUGAGGGUGGUGAUUUUAUCUGCUGUACGAUAUCGCCCCGUGGAGAGUGGAUCUACUGUGUCGGAGAAGAUAUGGUUCUCUACUGCUUCAGUGUCUCUACGGGGAAACUGGAGAGAACUCUUACUGUCCAUGAGAAAGAUGUGAUCGGCAUUUCCCACCAUCCACACCAGAACCUUGUAGCCACGUACAGCGAAGAUGGCCUACUAAAACUCUGGAAACCGUAGACUGGUUAACACUCUAUUUCUAGAAAUGGACUGGUUGCACAUAGGGAUGUUUUGGGCUACAUGGUGAAAUACAGCAUAGUUGGUCAUAGCCAUUGACUGAUCUUACCGAUGGUUAAGAACUGGAUAAAAUUACAAUCUAGACUGCUGCAGACUGGAUUCAAUAUAAGAUUGGUUGCUUGCUGGAUUAACUUAAAACUAGACAAACAUCCAGCUUAUAAUAAAAGAACAUCUGUUGAAAUGGUGUGGUUUUGAAACUGUGAAGUUUUUGAAUGUCUUACAAAUGAUACUGGUUUGAAUGCCUUAAAUAUAGAUUGGUUUAAACUACAGUUUGAUGGACUUUGAGCUGCAUUUAAUGCUCUUUCUAUUUCACUGAUUCCUGAUAGGUAUGUGCUUUCAACAGUUUUGCCAACGUUAUUGGAUAUAUAUGAUCUAAUUUGAAAACUAUGUAUUUGUAUCAUUGUACUUAUAUUGAAGGACUUUAGACAGGAUUUAAAAAGGGUCAGGGUGCUGCAGAAAAGGGACAUGGUGCUUAGAGUAAAAAGGGCACAUUGAAUCGGGCUAUGAAAAAGAGGAAUAUAUUAAUUUGGCAGAAUAUGUUAGAAAUUGUGCUUAAUCGAGGUAAUAUUAGGUUUAAACUGCUAAAUAUGUAAAGUUUGUAUGUAUUUAUAAUCUGAUCAUAAGUUUUAACAAAACAAAAGAAAUAUUUGACAGUCUUAAGCAUUUCAUUCUAUGAAGGCAGAGGGUAACACAUGCUUGUCUCCACAAGGGCAGGAGUGUGCGGUAGAAAAAGGACCAGGUGCAGCACCCGUCCAUAACUCUUUAGAUAAAACCCUUGAUAUUGUUAACUACUUUAAUGUAACAUGCAAUUGUUUUGAAAUCUCUUUAGGUAAAUGUUGCACAUUUGGAAUGCCUCUAGCCCUAAGUAAAGUCCAAGAUAUGUUAACCUGGCAAAAUUGAAUGAAUCAAUUUUCUUCAUUUUGCUUUUCAUACUUCAAUGUAGCAUAAAUAUAUGUACAGAAAUGACAAUUAUUACUUGUUUUGUAUGAAUGAAUGUUAAAUGAAUGUUUUUAAUCAUUGUAUAAAUUCACUGAUCAUCAUACUUUGAGUAUGAAAUAACAUUUUAAUUAACAAA